AUAAAUGUACCGAAGAAAUAUUGAAAAAAAAAAAAAUAGAUAGCCGCCUCCUUAUCCAAACUCUCCCUCCCCUCUCUUUUUCUAUUUUUUUUUUUAUUUUUCAUGAGUGGCUUUUUUUUUUUUUUAAUAAUCUCUAAAUAUCAAAAUUUAACGUGAUUCUCUCAAAUUAAAUAUUUUAUCAACGUGAUGAAUGUUAAAGGAAGUCUGCUUAUGUUAGUCCAAUUCUCCUGUUUCCCUCUUUUUCCAAAGGAGCCAAAGGCCAGACUUCUCUGCACAGUUCGACAGAAAAAACAGUAGUAGAAGAGCAGCCGGAAAUUUACGGAACUCUGCUAGAUGGAAGUUCCAAAGAGAACUAGAUAUGGCUUCUCUGAGAUUUGUAAGAGAGAAUUGGGAUUGUCUCAGACUUUCACUCGUCGAUUCUCUGCUUCUGAGGUAGUUGUGAAGCAAAUCGAUCUUUAUGGGGAGCUAAUUGGUCAUGAGGGUUGUGUAAAUGCAGUAGAAUUUAACUCUACUGGCGAUCUUCUCGUGUCAGGUUCCGAUGACACACAGGUUAUGUUUUGGGAUUGGGCAACUAAAAGUAGAAAGCUUUCAUUUCCUUCUGGCCACUCUGACAACAUAUUUCAGACCCGUAUCAUGCCAUUCACUGAUGAUCGGAGAAUAGUUACUUCCUCAGCUGAUGGCCAGGUCAGGCUUGCCCAGGUCUUGGAGAAUGGCCAAGUUGAUACAACAGAGUUGGGGAAGCAUCAAGGGCACAUUUACAAGCUUGCCGUGGAGCCUGGAAGUCCCCAUAUAUUUUAUAGCUGUGGUGAAGAUGGUUUUGUGCAACAUUUCGAUCUGCGCAGUGGGUCUGCUACAACGCUUUUUUAUUGCUCCUCAUUCUCAGAAAAUAGCAAACGGCCUUCUAAUAGUAUAAGAUUGAACGCCAUUGUAAUUGACCCAAGAAAUCCAAAUUACUUUGCUGUAGGAGGUUCCGAUGAAUUUGCACAUGUCUAUGACAUAAGAAAAUGCAAAUCAGAUGCAUCAAUUGAUUCAGAUACACCUGUAAACACAUUCUGCCCUCAUCACCUGAUAGGGUCUAAAAAUGUGCAUAUUACAGGAUUGGCUUACUCUAACACUAGUGAAUUGCUCGUCUCUUACAAUGAUGAACUUAUUUAUCUGUUUCAGAAGAACAUGGGAAUGGGACCUUACCCAUUGUCUAUAAGCCCUGAAGAUUUGAAGAAACUUGAGGAGCCUCAUGUUUACUUAGGUCACAGAAAUUCACGGACUGUUAAAGGAGUGAGUUUCUUUGGCCCUAAUGAUGAAUAUGUAUUGAGUGGGUCUGAUUGUGGCCAUAUAUUUAUCUGGGAGAAGCAAGGUGGUAAGCUUGUGCGUUUAAUGCAUGGUGAUCGACAUAUAGUAAAUCAACUAGAGCCCCAUCCACAUAUGCCUAUGUUUGCUAGCUGUGGAAUAGAAAAGAGUAUGAAGCUAUGGGUUCCCAUGGCAAGUGAAGCUCCUCCACUUCCUGACAAUGUUGAAAAGAUUAUGGAAUCAAAUAGGCAGGGCAGAGAGCAUCGUUCACAGGUAACUCUUACCCCAGAUGUCAUCAUGCAUGUUCUGCGCCUGCAAAGGCGGCAGACACUGGCAUACAUAGAAAGGAGAUACAGUAGAGCUGAUGUCGAGAGUGAUGAAGAUGAGGGAGAGGCAUAUGUUUUAGGGCUUUCAGAUGCCGAUGCGUCUUCUGAAGAGGGUUGCAGUAUUAGCUAGAGCUUGCAAGUUAUAUAUAAGCAAAUUUCAAUUUUAUAUGAUAUAUACAACAACAAAUUAAGCCUUAUUUCAAACUACUCAGAGCCAGCUUUAUAAAUCCUUUUUUGUAAUAUAUAUUUUUGUAAUUUUUAAUAAAGUCUAAGUUGCUGCAUGAGCGAAAAUAUUUCUACAGUUAUUAUCGCUUGGAUUUGUUGGUACUAUUUUCAUGUGGAGGGCUAAUGCGGAGUUGAGUUAAAGAUACUGGUCUUUGGUAGAGA